UCUGUUGCUUACCACAUUGUGCAUCCAAACACAUUGUUUAUCUAUAUAUACUCAAAUGGUGCUACAUGCUAAGUGUGGACGGUGCUAGCAGACGUAUCUUAAGGAAACGCAAAUUACUCCUUGCGUCCUGUGUUUUGUCCCGAAAUAGUACGGAAUAAUGUGAAAAAUCUUUGAGCACGUUGUUUGUCCCUCACACCGCCCUGUACUUUUUGGUUUCUAUGGCAACCGCGACUCCGCAGAGCCGCAGACGCUAGUAGCGCACUGGCUCGAGCUGCUCUAGUUAAUUAGUGUUAAAUAAGAGCAAAACAUUCGGAUUUCAAGUUUCAUCACAUCAGGGACCAAGGUUUUUAUACGAAAGGAUGGAUGCAGAUGACAUUGAAAAUGUUAUAGAAGAAGAGCUGGACAAGCUGAGUGUGAAUCUGUCUGACAUGGGCUCUGACAGUGACACAGACAUUGAGGAAGAUUUCACUGCAUCUGUUGAAAAGCUAGAGAAGGACCUUCCUGACUCAGUGCUCACCUACUUUAAAGCUUCAAGUAACAGAUUGAAUACUGUUGAGCAACUCAUCCUUGAAGAUCUUGAUGAUCUCGAGACCAUGUGUAACGAGAUGUUCGGUCCGAGUCAGCAUGCUGAUCUUCUGAGUGAACUAGGCUCUAAUUUUGAGGAUCCAUUAAAGCUGAAGGAAAGAAUAAUGUCUGAAAUUGAAGAGCAAGUAGGCCCCCCAUGUGAAACUCACGACUUGAAUGGAGAUUAUGAUACUGAAUAUGACACACACAAGGAUUCUGAAAGACAGCUCAUGUUUGAAUGGAGAAGGCUGGAGGAGCGACUGAGGAAAGAGGAGGAGCAGAGACUGGCCGAGCUCGAGGCUGAGAGGGAGCAGUGUAUGACGUCAGCGAGAGAAGAGGAGGAGAAGAGGAGGCACAGAAGUGAGCAGUUUGAGGAGGAGCUGAUGAGGACUGAAGCAACUAAUCAGUUUGAAUAUUUGAAAGCUGUAGAAGGAGAUGGUGAAAUAAGCCAAAGUCUUCAACUUGAAAUGGUCGAACAGCAGGAGCUGAUCAAGAGAUUAGAAGAACAGAUAGCGGAGGAGAGGCGAGUGUUUGAGGAAGUACAGCGGGAAGAGGGGAGGAGAACUGUGGCACGACGCACUGCAGCAGCCACAAAGUUACAGGCAGCUUUCAGAGGGACACUGGUGCGUCACUGGAGCAAAAAAGAGCUGACCAAGAGGAGAGAAGAGGAGAGGAGGAGACAGGAGGAGAGGAAAGAAAUGGAAAGGAGGAGACAGAGGGAGGAAAGGAUGAAGAUGGAGUGGGAGAAGGAGAGAAGGAGGGUGGAGCAGGAGGUACAGCGUCACAGAGAAGAGGCGGAGAGGAGAAGAGCCGAGUACGAGAGAGCCAAGGAACAGGAGCGCCAUCGCCUGGAGAGAGAGCGCAAGCUGGAGGAGCAGAGAAGAAAAAAAAAGGAAGAAGCAAAGAGCAGAGAGGAUGAAAGGAAAAGAAAGGAGGAGAAAAAGCAGAAAAGGAUGGAAGAGAGGAGCGUAGAAGAGGAAAUGAGAAAAGUACAGGAGCAGGAGGAGAAGAAAAUUAAAGAGGAGGAAAAAGCCAAAAGAUUCGAGGAUGAAAUAAAAAGAAAAGAGGAUGUGGAAUCGCCAGAAGGGAUGGAAGAGAGGAGAGGGGAGGAGGAAAGUAGAAAAGUACAGGAGGAUGAGGAAAACAAAAGUAAAGAAAAGGAAAAGGCAAAAAGAAUUGAGGAUGAAAUAAAAAGAAAAAAUGAGGAGGAAUCGGUGGAAAAGAUAGAAGAGAGGACAGUGGAGGAGGUAAGGAGAAAAGUAAAGGAGGAUGAGGAGAAGACAAGAAAAGAAGAAGAAAAAGCAAAGAGGCUUGAGGAUGACAGGAAAAGAAAGGAUGAGGAGAAGCAGAAAGAGAUGGAAGGGAGGAGAGUGGAAGAGGAGAGGAAAAGGAAAGAAGUAGAAGAAUCAAAGAGGAUUGAGGAUGAAAGGAGAAGAAAAGAGAAAGAGAAGCAGAAAAGUAUGGAAAUCAGGAGAGUGGAGGAGGAAAAGUGGAAAGUACAGGUGGAGGAAGAGAAGGAAAGAAAAAGAGUGGAAGAAGCAAAGAGAGCGGAGGAUGAAAGAAAAAGAAAGGAUGAAGAGAAGCAGAAACGAAUGGAAGAGAGGAGAGUGGAGGAGAACAAGAAAAGAAAAGAAGAGGAAGAAGAAAAGAGGACUGAUGCUGAAAUAAAAAGGAAAGAGGAAGAGGAAAAGCAAAAGGGGAUGAAUGAAAAAAGAGUGGUAGAAGAGAUUAGAUUAAAGGAGAAAGAACAACUUAAAGAGAAUGAAACUGAGCAAAUGCAGAAAGAGCAAAGAAAUAAACUUAAGGAAAAGGACAACAAAGGAGAGGAAAUAGUAAUGAAGAGAAAUGAUGAUGGACAGAAUAUGGAGAAAGAAAGAAGAAGAAAUAUAAUUAAGGACAAUGUAAAAGGACUUGUUGAUCAGAGAGAAAAUCCAGAGACUGACAAGGAGAGUGAGAAUACUACAAACUGGGGAAAAGAUGAGAAAUGUGGUGAUAAUGUAUCCCAGCUAUGUCUUUCUCACUCAGUCAAUAUGUCCAGAAGUUUCUUGGCCAGGACUCUGUCCUCUAGAAAUGAUCAAGACGAGCAGCUCAGCUCUCACCUAGUAUCAGCCCUGCCCACUCUGCCUGCUGAUAACAGCAGUGUAACACUGACUCCAUCUGAAGAGAAAAGUGCAACAGGCACGGGAGGGCCUCAGUGUGCUCCGGAUGACUCGAGAUCUGCAUGUCUGCCUGACAGCACUGAGCAGAAGCGAUUAGCCUGGAUGAUGAGCUGCACUCCCUGGUCCAAGCUCUCCAUGCAGAACAAGAGGAAGGGGCUCGGUGCUCCACCCAGGAGGAGGGGACACAGGAGAGCUUCAGGACACAGCCUGCUACCUUUCCCUGUGGACACUGUUCUCAGGUCCGGACCCUGGAGCUCUCUUAAACAGGUGACUUCAGUAACUCUGGAGGAUUUGUCUGGCUGCAGUCUCUCCACACUGUCUGAGUGUACCAGACUGCAGAGUCUGACGCUCAGGCGAUGUAGACUUCAGGCCCUGGAUGGACUUAACCAGUGUACUGAACUUCAGCAUAUUGACUUACAGGAAAACAAUAUCACAUAUGUUGACUGUGGGGGUCUGGCCAGACUUGAGGUCCUGCUGUUGGGAAGGAACCAGCUUAUGACCAUCCACGGUCUGGACGAUGCUGUUAACCUGACUGUGCUUCAGCUUUCUCAUAACAUCAUCUCCCGCAUCAGUGGUUUGGGAUCUCUGAAAAAGCUUCACCGACUGACAAUUGAUCAUAACCAGUUGAUCAGCACGAGAGGACUCAGUGAAGCUUUCACGCUUUUGCAUCUGGAUUGCUCGUAUAACCACCUCAGCCAUGUGGAAGGCCUGGAGAACUGUGCACUGCUCAACACACUGGACCUGAGAGGAAACAACCUGACAGAGUUGCCUGUGCUUAAGAACCAUGUCCUGUUGAGGGAGCUAUAUCUGGAUGAUAACAGCAUCUGCUCUCUGCAUGGCCUGGAAAGCUGCUGGCUGCCUCUGCUGCACUGCCUGUCUGUGCCUCAGAACAGUAUCACCCAGCUACCUCUGCUAGUGGACUUGGUUUCACUGAAGACACUUAAUGUUAGUCACAAUUGUCUCUCAGAGCUGAGGAACAUUUGUAUGAGUCUUCAGGGAUGCACUCGUCUUCAGGAGCUUAGCAUAAAUGACAAUCCUGUACAGCAGGAGAAUAACUGGAGGUCUUCUGUUCUGGCAGUAAAUCCAAACUUGAUAAAGCUGAAUGGAGAGCAAACCGGCGCCUCAGGAACACUCUCAGCAGACUCAACACAGCUGUGGAGCUUCCAGGCCCUCUGCCAGGCACACCAAGAUCAGAUUGACUCAGUCCUACAGAGACACAGUAUGGAGAUCAGCUCAGCUCCAUCUGCACUGCAUGCUCAGCUCCUGGUUGGUAACCACGCUACUGAGCUGUUUCAGUUGGCUGAAGAGCAACGCUACGCUCAUGAGUAUGGAGACAGCGGUGUCUGUGAGACAGCCAUGCAAGAACCUGUGGCCUCCAGCCACCUGCAUGAAUUAUCUGCCUGGGAUUUAGCACAGAAGAAAAGCGCUGAGGCCAAAACCCAGCAACCAGCAGAGCACAAAACUCUGAGCUGGCAAGCACCACAUGGUUGUCCAGGUAGCUGCAUAAGUCCUACUCAGAAAUUCAGGGACACACAACCACGUGACAGAUACAGCAGAUAUGCCGUCCAGGCUUCCAGGAUGGACCUCAAAACAGUGGCAGCUAUGGUGAUCCAGUGCCGCUGGCGUGAACACAGACAGAGGAGACGCACAGGCUAUUUAGGGCCACCUGCAAAAGCUCAUUCACGAUUGAAUCCUCAAAGAGAAGUGAAAUCCUGCAAAACCUGGCCUGAGCGUCUUAAUAAAGACUAUGCUGCUACUGUCAUUCAGGCAGUAUGGAGGGGCUACUUGCUACGGAAGAGGCUGGCUCGUGCUCUCAUGCUCGCCCAGCUAUCAGAGGGAGAUGAGGCCUUUGAGGAGGUGGACAUGGAUGAAUUCAUUUUUGAUGAGGAAGCCAUGGAGAAGGACUGGAUUACUCUGCAUUCUGACAUGUCGCCGUCCUCAGUGCUGCCGUAUUCAGAACAGCUGCCGCUGCCAAAGCCUCUGCUUCCUCUGCCUGAGCUUCAUAAGAGUGCAUCAGUGCAGCCACGGACACCCAGACAGGCCUGGAUUAGCGGUGAGGAAACACCAGUGUUAGAGCAGCGUCAGUCACCUGAUCCAAGCACUAGAAUGCGAUCUCCAGCAUCAACACUAGGAAAAUAUUCUUUAUCAGAAAGAUCUGAGAAAAUUCUGGAAGAAUGGGGUCUUAGCAGUGGCUCCACUGCUCGUCUUAUGCUAAAAAGGGCUCAGAGGAUGAAGGCCAGGAAGCAGCAGCAUCAGAAAAAAUUACUGGACCCAGCGGUACGUUUGGCUCUGUUCAGGAAACGCAACAUGCGGCCUGUGGCGAUGUCAAUCCAUAGAUCCAGACCUGAAUUCAGAGAGGAAAUUAAAGCUGGCAGAGGAGACGUGAGUGUUCAGGAGGCACUGAGAGGAGAGCCAGAGCAGAUGCAGACGCAGACACGCCGCAGAACCUACCAGUGGCUCCAAACACAAGCCGUGCUGAGCCAGAGAAGCUCUGCCCCCUCGGCGAGUGAUCAUUUCCUCCCGGAGAUUGACCCUGAAAUUCUGAAUGGUGGAAGGGUUCAGCUUGUGGCUUCUACGGGGUACAGAGAAGCUCCAGAUUCAGCCGGGAAGCAGUGGAUUGAUAGCGCUGGUUUCUCUUCACCUCAGAACCACCAGGCUCACACUCGGACACACUCGGCUGGACCUGCAAAAAAAGAAGUGCCGUCUCCUCAAAGAGUCACCUUGGCUCCAUCUCGAAAGGAGAGAAUCUCGUUCCGAGACAAUCCAGUGCAGCUGAGUGGAGGCUGGGGAGGAGGCAAGAAGAGGUCUAACGCAAACAAGUUAAAAUAACCUUACUGCAAGAAAUAGACAAUAAUUUUCCAAUGCUUUGUGCAUUUAUUUACACAUGUGGGUGUAUGCAUGUUCUGAGGAUGAUAGACUUGUGUUUUUUAGCUAAAGUGCUUAUGCCCUUUAAACCCUAAUAAGCCCUAAUAAGCCUUAUGAUGCACAUUCGAUCUCCUCUGAAAUUCCCUGCAGCUUCUGUUUCAUCGCUAAAAUUCAGCCUCUUCCGCUGUAAAUUAAUUAAAAGCAAUGGAUGAGGUAUAACCCAAAUAUCUGCAGGCAGUCCCAGGAUGUGUGUUAUUCUCAAAUAUCAGUGACCAUGGCAAACCGUGGAAUGUGUGGAAACCAUUUUCAAAUGACAUGCUUAAUAUGCAAACAACAGCAGGCAAUAGGAAGCGGCUCAUUCUUCUUCUAAACCAGUUGGGCUUUAUUGCAUUAUUUAUACUUUGUUGAUUUUUUUAUAUAUAUUAUAUGUAUAUUUUGAAUGUAUUUCCUUAUGUGUUGCAAUUAAGAAUCAGAUGGUGGGUAAAAUCCCUGAAGUACAUUUAUUGAUGAAGGUCAAUAAAAAAACUUUUGCACAAA